AUGACGGCCAAGGUCAAGAUCCUGUUUGGCUUCUACCAGAUCAGCACCGUCCUCUCCUCCACCUACUCCGCGCGGCUACCGGACAAGUACACGAGCUGGACCGACAACUUGGCCAACGCGAUUUCCAUCGACUGGUCUGGCUUUUUCCUGCCGGAGCAGUGCCUCGGCUACGGUAUGCGACUCCUCGCCAUCGCCCUCUCCCCCGUCGCCCUCAUCGCCCUGCUAAUGAUCGCGGGGAUAAGCGCCCUCUCACAGCUGAUGACUGCCGAGCUAGAGCAGGUCUCCUACAUGCGGCAGGACGCGAGCGUCGAGUGCGGCUCCGACGAUCACGGACCCAUCACCACCCUCGCCACCGGCUUCAUCGUCCUCUGGCCCGCCGGCUCGCUGGUCCUCUUCACGUCGCUCCUCGCCGCUUGCUACAAGCCGCUGCAGGCCAAGUCGCCGAAUGCUCUGACGCGGGCUGCCGGCUUCCUGCACCGGGAGUACGAGAAGACCUGGUACUGGUGGGAGGCGGUCGAGCUGGCGCGCAAGCUCGUGCUGACUGGCUUCGUGCUGCUGAUCCCGGAGGAGCGAGCCUUUGUUCGCCUCGUGGUGGCGACGCUCAUCUGCUCAUGCUACGCCGUCGCGCUCGCCGUCGUGCGGCCGUACAAGCGGGUCGAGGACAACGUGCUCGCCGUCGCCACGAGCCUCGUGCUCCUCCUGCUCUUCCUCGGCACCAACUGGAGCACCACCUUCCUCGGCAUCCAGGAGCGGUACCAGGGAGCAGAUCCCGCCGAUGUCCUCGGCUUCCGCAGCCUCAAUGUGAUUGUCGACUCGAUGAUCAUCCUCGUUGCAGUCGUGCUCGCCUUCUUCCUCGUCGGCGCCAUCGCCGCCGCCCGUCGCGUCGCCAAGAUCCCCACGAUCCGACUCGUCUCGACCAAGCAGCCCCCCGAGCUGAGCAUCGCGAUGGGCCUCACGUGGCACCUCUUCAACAGCCACAUCUGGUCGACCGGUCAAGACGCCGUCAAGGUCAUCAAGGGUGAGCUCGAGCAGCUGCUGCCGGACAUCAAAGUAGAUGAUCUCAAGGAUAUCGGGGCGCUGGAGGAGUACAUCCAGAGCUCGCAGGUCAUCCUCUUCUUCCUCUCGCAGGGCUACUUCCGCUCCAAGGCUCGCCUCUUCCUCCCACCCCGCCUCUACCGCACCCUGGCCCCAAGAACUGCCGCCUCGCCCGCGCCACAGAACUGCCUCCGAGAGGUCCGCUCGUCGCUCGAGAAGGACAAGCCGCUCGUCCUCGUCCAAGAAGCGGACCCUGAAAAGGGCGGCGGGACGCUCCAGGCGCUGCGCGACGAGUGCCCCGAGGACCUGCAGCCGGCCAUUUUUGACAACGACUGGCCGCUCACGAUUUGGUAUCGCAUCGAUGAGUUUCAGCUCAUCUCCCUCAAGAUCAUCGCCGAGGCGCCGCCGGCCACAACCAGCUCCGCGGUGCUCCUCUGCUCGCCCAACUUUCUGGACAGGACCUCCCUUCCGCUCUGCGUGUCGGGUGAGCUCGAGAGCCAGUCGCUCGCCUUUUCCAAACCGUGCACGCUCUGGGCCUCGCCAGCCAACGCGGGGUCGCUGGCGCUGGCCGAUGAGAUCGCCGCCGCCUUUGCCCCAGAUCGUGAGACCGCCGGUCUCACGAUCUGCACCACCGAUGAUCGGCCGGCCAGCGCGACGCACUUGCUGCUCUACCUCAACGAGGACAGCUUCGUCAGCGACGAGCGGCUGGCCGAGCAGGUCAAGCAGGCGCGGGAGGACAAGCUGAAGAUCGUCAUGGCGCACGAGAACGACCCCGCGCUCGGCGGCUGCCAGUUCUCGAGGUUUUUCGAAGUCACGCCGCAGGAGCUCAUCGCCGGCGGACUCUACAAGGACCUGGCAAAAUCCUGCUUUCCCGGCCACCACCGCAAGGUGUCGCUCGUCCUUCUGGCAAAGAGCCUAGGCGCGACCCCCGCUCGGUCGCGGGCGGGCCUCCUCGCUUCAGGCAGCGUCGUUGAGGGCAGCACCAGUCUCGCGAAGCGCAGCCUUGGCGGACUCAGCCGGGUGUUCGCCAAGAUGAGCAGCCGCAGCUCUGCGGAGGCGCGCGACUCUGGAGGCGAGGCGUCGUCGGUGCAGCAGCAGGUCUGA